CUGAGCCACCAGCAUCCGGUUAUUAGUAGCCUGUCAGAGCGAAUGACAGCGGCCGGGUUUGAUUUGUUUUCCCGGAGCAAAACCGCUAGAAAGAAAGACGUGUUGUAUACUUCAGGAGGUGCAUUUUAAUCAAAACUAGCUCUUUAAAUCGCGGUUAAUUUCGGCUAGCUGAAAAAAAUGGCUAAAAACAAACAGCUGGAUGAAAACAAGCAGGACCGAGCUGUCAUCCUGUGAGGCAGCGUUAACUCACUGGCGCGACAAAAGCAUGUUAAGUACAGUUUUCCAGCUGUGGGUUUCUAUCUGUAGAUUUUACUUCAUAAGAUUAUUUUUUAGGAUAUAAAUCUGUCUAGGUUGUUUUUAUGACGUUUACAUGCAAAAAAGGACGUGUUUUGGUGUUGUAUCAGGCAGACAGAUUGAUUUAUAUACCCCAAACAUAUAAAAGCAAUUAAUAAAUCAGGACAGAAUAAAUUCCUGAGGUUGGUUUCUAUCAGUGCUGGAUUGUAGGUGAAGAAAAGAUCCAAAAGGAAGGGAAAGGUGUUAAUUCUUUUCUGCUGACCUGCACCUGGUUUCAUGUAAACCACCAGGUGUAUCUCUGUUCAGUUUGGUGGUAGAUGUGAGCUGUGUAGUUUGUGAGUAAUACUGUGUAACCAUGCUGGGGUAUCAGGUGUGUUAUGGUGGGUCUGGGGUUAGUCGCAGGUGAUGGAUGGAUGGAUGGAUGGAUGGACGGAGGCAAGCAGGUGUGCUGAAUCUCACAAGUAAGGGUUUAGGUUCAACAAGACCAUGUUUUACUUUAAUAAUCGUGUGAUUUAGAGUUGGUUUUAAAUAUUCCCAAGCAAAAACCACUAAGUUCAGAAAUCGUGGAACUCUGACCGAAUUUCAGGGUCCAAUCUGUGGCAUUGUUAUUGUUUUUAUUUUUCAUUCGUUCAUUUUUGUUUAUUUAUUGAUGUAUGUAUGGUGCUAAACGUUUAUAAGAGCGCUGAGUGAGCAGUCAUGAGUCCAAGCCCGUUGUCAUGACCCUGUAGCAUAUUAAUAAAGUUAAUAAAGGGGUUUGGACGCUUCAUUGGGCAAUGAUGAUGUCGCCCGUUUUCAUGCUGCUCCUGCUUGGGUUCUCCAUCCAACUCUCACAAAGCAUGAGCAGAGAGGAAAAGCACAAGCUGAGGAAUCAAGUGCUGGAGAUGUUCGACCACGCUUAUCAGAAUUAUAUGGACAAUGCCUACCCAGCAGAUGAACUGAUGCCUUUGACGUGUCGAGGUCGCGUACGAGGUCUGGAGCCCAGCCGAGGGGAUGUGGACGAUGCAUUGGGAAAGUUUUCUCUCACCCUCAUCGACACACUGGACACACUUGUGCUGUUGAAUAAGAGCCAGGAGUUUGAGGAAGCUGUGAAGCGGGUGGUGAAUGAUGUUCGACUGGACAACGACAUCGUCGUGUCUGUGUUUGAGACCAACAUCCGAGUGCUGGGAGGGUUGCUGGGAGGUCACUCCAUGGCGGUGAUGCUGAAAGACAGAGGACAGCACAUGCAGUGGUAUCGGGAUGAGCUCCUACACAUGGCGAAAGACCUGGGACUGAGACUCCUGCCUGCCUUCAACACCAGCAGCGGCUUGCCUUAUCCCCGAAUCAACCUGCGUCACGGGGUUCAGGGUCCUGAGACUCGGACAGGCACUGAGACAGACACCUGCACCGCCUGCGCAGGUACCAUCAUCCUGGAGUUCGCUGCGCUGAGCCGCUUCACUGGAGACCCCACGUUCGAGGCUCAUGCACGGAGAGCUCUCGACUUCCUGUGGGAGAAAAGGCAGAGAAACAGCAAUCUUGUGGGAACAACCAUCAAUAUCCACUCAGGGGAGUGGGUACGCAGAGACAGCGGUGUAGGAGCCGGGAUCGACUCGUAUUACGAGUACCUGCUGAAGGCUUACGUUCUGCUGGGAGACGACCAGUUACUACAGCGCUUUAAUAUUCACUAUGCAUCGAUCAUGAAGUACAUCAGUCAGCCUCCUCUGCUGCUGGACGUCCACAUCCACAAACCCCUGCUGCCUGCACGCACCUGGAUGGACUCCCUGCUUGCGUUCUUCCCCGGCCUGCAGGUGCUAAAAGGAGACAUCCGUCCGGCUAUAGAAACCCACGAAAUGCUGUAUCAGGUCACGAAGAAACACAACUUCCUCCCUGAGGCCUUCACUACAGAUUUCAGGGUUCACUGGGCGCAGCAUCCACUGAGACCCGAGUUUGCAGAGAGCACCUACUUCCUUUACAAGGCCACCAGGGACCCGUAUUACCUGGAGGUGGGACGCACCGUUCUGGAAAACCUGAACCGCUUCGCUCGUGUCCCUUGUGGCUUCGCCGCCAUGAAGGACGUGAGGACAGGAAGCCAUGAGGACCGCAUGGACUCGUUUUUCCUGGCCGAGAUGUUUAAGUAUCUGUUCCUGCUGUUCGCCGAGGAGGAGGAUUUACCCUUCGAUGUGGAGGACUACAUCUUCACCACCGAGGCUCACCUGCUCCCCUUAUCGCUCUCCAUUGCUCCUCGCUCACACCCGCCCCCUGCAGGCAACGCCACAGUACUGCAUGAUGAGGAACCUGCGGAGCUAGACGACUCAAACUUUGAAUGGACCUGUCCCAAUACCCGCCUCCUUUUUCCUGACCCCGCCUACCCACGGAACCUUCGGGAGCCAAUCAGGAGCGCGGUGGACAAGAGUUGCCCCCGCCCCACACCCCCUCGAGAGCCAGGAGUGGGUCGUGCUCCGUUGAGAGCUCAGGACUUCAUGGCUAAUAAUCCGGAGCACCUGGAGCUGCUGAAGAGGAUGGGGGUGACGCUGAUCCACCUGAAGGACGGCAGAGUGCAGCUAGUACAGCACGCUGCACAGGCGGUGAGUGCUGUAGCUGCUGAGGACGGCAUGCGCUUCAUGCAGGAGAUGAUGGAGCUCUCCAGCCAGCAGCAGAAAGAGCAGCUUCCUCCCCGCGCUGUACAGAUCAUCUCGCACCCCUUUUUCGGCAGAGUAGUACUGACCGCUGGACCUGCGCAGUUUGGAACGGACCUUUCGAAGAGAAACUUGGGGGUGCGUGGUUUUGUGACGGUGGCCGAGCCGUACUCUGGCUGCACAGAGUUGAGCAACGCCCCGUUUGUGGCUGGCCGUAUCGCUUUGCUCCAGAGGGGACAGUGCAUGUUCGCUGAGAAAGCCAGAAACAUUCAGAAGGCUGGAGCUAUCGGAGGAAUCGUCAUCGACGAUAACGAGGGCAGCAGCAGCGACACGGCACCGCUGUUCCAAAUGGCAGGAGACGGCCGGAGCACCGACGAUGUCAUUCUGCCGCUCCUCUUCCUGUUCCAUAAGGAAGGGAACAUCCUGCUGGAGGCCCUGAAGGAGCACCAGGAGGUGGAGGUGCUGCUCAGUGAGAAAGCACGGGACAGAGGUGGAGAUGAAAAGGAAGAAGGGGAGGAGGAAGAGGAGGGCUGCUGUGAGGAGGACCACAGUCACCCUGCCCCCUCGUCAACACCUGACCAAUCACAAUCCACCACUGAGGACCAAGAAGUGGCGAGUGAGGAGACAGGAAGGCUGGAGGAGGGGCUAAGCAAUGAUGUACCUCUGACUGUGGGGGAGGAGCCUGUAGAGGACGAGGAUCCUAAUGAGCAGUCGAUGGACUCGUUACUGGCGGAUUGGCAGGAGGACUUGGAGGCGUUUAAACAGAUGGAGAAGGACGAACUUUGACCUCGGAGUCCAGGGACAGGGCGGAGAACAGAGCCAUAGUUAUUUAAAGAAAAACAAAGACACUUUGGGACACACCUGGUGUACAGGACCGAAGACGAAGGCGUUAUUCUCAGGUGCUUUUUCGGGCACAGAAGUGCUCACCUGUGCAAACGUACAGUCUUUAACCUCCACCUGGAACCAAAUCCAAGACCAAACUGUCUCGUCUCGUCUUAUUGUACGUCUUCCUUCUUUCAAAUCCGUGUUGAUUAAUCCAUUGAGUUGAGUGAUGGACGUUAAUUUGAAGUGAUUUGCAGACUGAUAACGAAUAGGAGAGUUUACACAGCUGUUAAUUAUAUGUGCAGAAUCAAAAGGCCGUAUGAACUCUUUAAUGAUUCGACUGUAUGUGUGUAUAUAUAUGUGUGUGUGGUCCGUUUUUGUUUUUGUCUGUCAUUCCUGGCACAUCAACCUGAGAAUCAAACUUUCAGUUCUGAAUUUUCCUUCUUACCAAUCUUGCCUGUAAAGGAACGGUUCAUCGCAAAAGUAAGUUUACGCAAGCCGGGUUUUUUUUUUGUUUGUUUUAAGUUGUGACAAAACACGAUGUGCGCGUUUUCCAUUGAGUGAUGUUCUGCAAUUUUAAAGCUGGAUUUUCUCCUUUCGUAAUACUUUUUUUUUUCCCCCCUCCAGAAAGGUAGCAUUUCCAUUUGUUCUUUCAGAUGAUAAUGUGACUUAAAAAUACAAAAAGCAUGCCAAUUUUGUGAAAUAUUGCUUUAUCGAACCAUCUGAAAACCCUCUCAUACGAGCGUAAAAACUUUUGCCAUAUUUAAGAGUUUUGACAAAAUCCCCAUGUUUUGCAUUACGGGUUUUUUUAGUUCAUGAUUUCAGUGUGCAUUAAGCAGGUUAAUGGAAACACGAUGACCGUGGACAUGUAUACGAAUUCAAAAUCGAGUCGUACAUGAGCUGAUGGCUGACUCGGUGCUACGCGCCUCGUUGUCUAUAAUCCAUGUACGACGAGAUUGAGUGGAAGAACUGUUUUAUUCUAUCCACAUUCACUGGAUUUUGACCAACAGAGCGUUUUUAUUUUUUGCAAAUUCAGUAAAUGAAAACUUUCUCUAAGACGUCCGACAAAAUCAUUGCUGCUUAGACAGACUUCUUAAAAACCUAUUGAUGGCGGCACGAAUUGAUUUUCCAUGUUUUUUUUGUAGAAAGUGCCGCCUUACUGUCGUGUCGAGGUAUAGAACAGCUUUAGACAUUUAUUUAAUUCUUCCUUGGACAUUUCAGUUCCGUAAUUUUCAAACUUCUUUGAGCUUUUGAACCAGUCUAAAAAUAAAAAAUUAAACAGGUUUUAAUGCUUAAUGAUGAAGCAUGUAAACAAACCAGUGAAAUGACAGGAGCAAUUUGUGAAAAAUGCCAUAAUAAUAAUAAUAAUAAUAAUAAUAAUAAUAAUUUCUUGAAAAAUAAAAAAUUACAUUCUGACCAUCAAAUCCCUUUUUUAAUUUAAUUUUUUUAUUUUUGGGGGGUUUUGUUUUCGAGUAGAGUUUUUAUUAUCCUUGGCUGGUUCAGAAACAUGCUCUGCCAUUUUCUUUUUCUCUACUCGCAGUAUAUGAGCGGAUAUCCUAGUAGUAGAGUAGCCAAUCCGAGCGCAUAAUUGCUCAUAUCCAGUGAAUGUAGAUAGAAUAAAAUGACACUUUUGAUAAAUGUGUAAACAUUGGCAUGAAUUAGCAUGCAUUUCCGCCCUCUGGCUGACCUCAGAUCAUAAUCGCCAAGUCCCUAAGCAUCUCAUGGUUAUGGUGACCAAGUGUCCUCAAGUCAAGACUUCUAUUAAACGAAAGAAGCAAACAUCCGACACCAGUCAUAUUAGUUUAUCGAUAACGUUUGUGCCAAGGUGAAAAAUGUUAAAUUCGUUAUUUCGAUGAACCGUCCCUUUAACAAUUAAUUGAACUUCCCAGCUUGUGUGUGUGUGUGUGUGUGUGUUUUUGUGUUUUGUGAAAGCCAGUCAGACUAAAGAGCGUCCCCAGUUAUCAAAUCAGCUGCUAACUUGGGAAGAAGUGUCUAAAGACCAGGGCGUGUCUUUGUCUUGAGCAUUAAUCAGCCCUUAUGUUUCCUUUUGAGUAACUGACCCAAACUGACAAGAAACCCAACACCACUUCUUCUUUCGUUGCCAAACAUCAGCCCAAACCUCCUUUCAUCCUCCAGGGGGCGCCAUUUCCACCCACUGACUGAGCAGAAGAACCAGGAGCAGAGUCCAGGACAUCAGAACCUGGAUGAUCAGAAAUGACACUUUCACACUUUUGAAAUGAGACGAUAUGAAGAAAUUUGUAUGAAAAGGUGGAAAUCCGUGCACUGUGUGCAAUAAACGGUACCGGCAUGUUUGAGUUUAAUGAA